AUGUCUAUACUUAUUCGGUGCCCAUCUUCGCAUGACCGCUUACAGCAAAUCAAAAUCUCCGAUUACUCCAACUUUGAACCUAAUGAUCGACAGCACGUCUAUGCCAAAUUUCCUUAUGCAGAUCAUGGUAUUUUGAAUCGACUCGGAGUUGCCAUCUCCAAGCGGCGAGCACUGUUGAAGUACCGCGAAAGGCAUCGCCAGAAGUUCGGAUAUGGGGCUGCCGGGGAAGGCAAAAGGGCAUCAGCUCCUUCGGAGACCAUGGAAACUGAGUACAAAGACCCAAAUUUGUACUCUUGGGGUGCACAAUCAGAAUCGCAGCAAUCUAUGACAUCGUACGGAAUAUCGACAAUGGAGGGUGAUCGAGAGAUUGCCCAACUCAACCCGCCAGAAGAUGCCAUGGCCGGCCAGCCCUUUGAAUGCGAGUUAUGCUAUCAUAUUAAAAUCCUGGUUGCGCCAUAUAUACAGUGA